AGAGAGAAAGUGCAUGUUCAGAAACUCGGGCGCCGAGGUGACCUUGGCCCAGUGAGGCUCGUCUCCAGGCCUCGCGGCAUUGGCUGAGUUUCGCGAUCAAAGUUCAGAAUGACGAAAACCACUUCGGUUAUCAAUCAAAAGUGUUGAUUCCGAGGUUUGCGCACUGCGCAGAGUGAGUAUUUGUCCUACAGGUUGUUGUAGUGGCAGUGGCGUGUAUUAUCUAUGGCUCGGAACAUGUGAGUCAAGGGGCGAGGCGUACGGCACGUGGUUUUUAGUUUUUUUCCUGAAGAUGUUGGUUCGACACAGACGAGGAAAAUUGGUUUUUACCGAAAGCCGAUCUAGAUCAUUCAUCAUUUUGUGAAAAUUAUAAAAAUAUAGUACAGGAAACGAGCGUUAUCGUUUGAUGCAUCAAUAAUAUUGUGAAUUUCAGGAAUAGAAUUAAAGUGAUCAAGAGAAUUAAAGUGAUAAAGAUCUAUUCUUGUUUUCCUGGUAGAGAUUGUCAAAUGCUUUUAAAGACAGAGAUUCAAUCCAGUGACCAUAUAUACAAAAUAUAUUCCUACAAAACUGCGUUGGUUUCAAUUUCAACAAAUGAUAUUGUGUUAUGUCUUCAGCUGAAGACAAACUGAAAAGUGGUCCUGCUGCGAAAGUUUCAAUAUUUCCUGUCGGCGAUGCCUCUAGGGGAAAUGAUGCUUUAAUAGUAACGAUUAAGACAGUUGACCGACCUGUGCAAAAUGCUUCUCGUACUCAGCUGAGCGAAAGUUUUAGGAGAAGUCUAAAAGCCAGUGUUGCUCCAGUGAAGAAGCCUUCCAAGGAACAUUCAACUAAAAAGAUGAGCACUACCAAUAAAAGUGGGUCUGUGGGGUCCCCAAAAUCUCCAACUGUUUCUUCUUUUGCUGCAAGUCAAGUCCAAUCCUCGGCUCCUUGUCUCAAACAUGCCGCUGAGAACAUAUCACGUAAAGCUUCGAACAUUCCAUCCGAAAAAAUAUCUCUGUGUAACGAUUGCUCAAAAUCCAUGCUGUCUUAUAUAUUUGUAGUUCAGGACUUUCUAGACAGUUUAGCACAGGAAAUAUGUGGCAGUUCAAGCUCCAAGCGCUGUUUGCAGUGCGUAAGAGAGGAAGUUCGGAAUAGUUUGAGCACCCCCGAAGAGGAAAGUGUUUCCUCUCCAGAUCAGGUAGGUUCUCCUAGUUGGGAGAAAAGCGCUAGCUCGAAAUCUGGCUCCAUGUCUCGCGAAAGAACUGGUGAUAGUAAAAAUGUAGAUGCUUCCAAACACGGUGGAAGUACGCCAUCUAGUAGCAAGAAAGCAUCUCGGACGAAGAAUCUAAGAAGACGUGAAGAUGGCAGUCGAAGUUCUUCACGAUCCAUUGGGCAGCAAACAUAUUCUUCUCAGCAAAGCCAGGUGGAUUUCUUAUACAACGUCCCGCCUGCUUCUAAAGGUUCGAAUGAUAACAGAUUUCGACAAGACGAUCAUGAGAAAAACAUGGGAGAAGAUCGAAGACAUAUGGCAAAUUCUGGUAAAGAUAUUUCACCUCAAGAUUCGUCUUCUCUUCAAUCUGAAGAGAUGUACAGGGGAAAAGAUAACACAACAAGUCCUGAACAGCGUAACACAACAAGUCCUGAACAGCGUAAUAAUUCUGACGAAAAACCUCUUCAAUAUGUUGAUUACUUUACUGGAAGCCAGGAAUAUAAUUUAAGUAGUCAAUCGACUGCUUCAAGUGCGACAUCAGAGUUAAGUGGAAAUCGACAGCCUGAGUUUUCUGUUUCAUCUCCAACACAAAGUAGUAAUGAUAGUGUAUUUCGGUCUCCAAUGGAGCGCAUUCAACCAAACCAAGAACCAGAUAUUCCCCCAACUCCUAGCAUUGAGGACUUCCCCGGUGCUCAGAAUACACAUUCUCUAUGUAGCGAUAACGUUGAUGGAAUCAUAUCUACCUUGUCAAAUAUUGAAAGAGAAGUUUACGAUACCGCCAGGAAUCGUGCUGGAUGGGAAACUCUUGCCGAGUCCCAAGAAAAACUAGGAUCGUCACCGAGUGGACAGAUUGCAUCAGAAGCAUUCGUGACUUCUUGCCGUAAUAAUGCUGAGGCCAUGGGAUGUUUAGUUCUGGGGACAUCCUUGCUGCUGACGCGUACGUCAAGGACUCUCUGUGUUUUAGUAUCAGAUGGAGUCAGCAAUGCCUUCAGAGGACCUUUAUCUGCUGUUUUCAAUGUCGUCCAGACAGUAAGGGGCAUGGACUCUUUGGGCACAACGAAACUUGCUCUCCUGGAACAGCCUGAUUUAGGAAUUUCAUUUGAUAAACUACAUGUUUGGCGGCUCACUCAGUUCAAUAAAUGUGUGUACCUCAAUCCAGACGCUUUGGUGAUUCAAAAUUGCGAUGAACUGUUUCGACAUGAGGAGCUGUCUGCUGUACCCGACAUUGGCUGGCCUGACUGUUUUAACAGCGGGGUCUUCGUCUUUUCUCCGUCCGAUAACACAUUUUGGCAGCUUAUCGAGUUCGUUGAAAAGCAAGGUAGCUACGAUGGUGGAGACCAAGGGCUGCUCAACUCAUUUUUCAACUACUGGUCACAUGACAUCAGCAAAAAGUUGUCUUUCAUAUACAAUUUGAUGGCCAAUGUCAGCUACACUUACACUCCAGCAUUUAAACAGUUCGGUCGAAAUGUGAAAAUAGUUCAAUUCCAUGGAAGUUUCAAACCGUGGCACGUGAAAUUCUUCAGCGGAACCGGGCAGAUAGCGCCUGCAUCCACUGUGCACCCAACCUACGUGCAAUUUGUUCAUAUAUGGCUGAACAUUUUUCGAAUAAGCGUGCUCCGUUUGCUUUCACAGGAAAUUCAAUCCUAUGCUGCAAGUCAAAAAGUCAUUUGCGCUGUUGAAUUGCUCCGAUUUUUCCCUCUACCUUCCGAGUCUGAGGCGGAAUUCUAUUUGACUCCGCCCUCCGUGAGAUUACGAUUGGCAGAGAAACGCCUACAAAAAACUUCCACGCCCUUCUCCGAAGUCCAGCGACGUAAGUCUGCCGAAUUCCCAAGAUCAGCUCAUGCGGAAAUUGAAGAUGACGUAUCCAGUAUCCAUGCAAAAGGAGAGAAAAAUAUAUUAGCUGAUGUAUCGAGCACCGGAAGUCUAAAAACAGAAGAAAAUAAGGACAAAAGCAGUAGAGAUGAAAUCGAUGUUAAGGAUGAUAAAAAAGCAAAUGACGAUGAUGAAAAAGAUAUUAAAAGCGAUGUAGAAAAACAGAGUGCUAAAACUAAAGAUAAAAAUAUUAUUCCUGGGUCUGAAAUUGGUGACUACCAGGGUAUGAAAGCGUGGGAACAAGGGCGUAUGGAUUAUCAGGGAAGCGACAGUUCGGAGAACAUCAUUAAGAGAUUAGAAUUUCUUAUGUCAAAGAAAAAAUGAUUGUGAUAUAUUUCAAGUGAACAAUGUAAUUGUUUCGGAAUUGUUUUUUUUUAAAUUUGAUAUACAAAUAAUAACUCAGUGUUAAUGGAACUGUUGAUAAUUUUUUAAACUGUUUUUUAAAGUGUUUGGCUUUUAAACACAUUUUAAAGUAGCAUUUUCAAAAUUCAGAAAAGUUUAAAGUUUUUGAAAUUUUUUUACAAAAUGAUUUAAAUAAAUUUUAGCAUGUUUAAAUUUUAACUGUUGCAGUUCUUCUUCCUCUUUCUUUCUCCUCUUUUUUUUUUUUGUAAAUAUUUAAAAUUAAGUUCAUGUAUGAUUUCUCAAUACUUUUAAAUUAAGUAGUAUUCGUUUAUUUCUUUUCCUUCUAGUAAUUUGUUUCUGUAUUCAAUUUCUUUUUCCUGUUAGUAUUCGUUUUUUAUAGUUAAUUUUGUGCAUAUUCUCUUACGAAAUUUCGUGAACUUUACUGUUUAAAGAUAAUUUUGCUGAUUUAAUAAAUUAAUUAUUUUCAUUGUUG